UUUCAACUGCUUUUACGCCCUUUCUCUCCGAUCGGAGCGGCAAAACUUUUUAAAAAGACAAGCAUGCUGUAAUUGGAAACGUAUAUAAACGGCAUCAUACUCAAAACACUCUCCUCUCCUUUGAACCACAUCCCACACAACACAAACACACAAUGAAGACAAACACUCAACGUUGUGCCAUCAGAGCAGGUUUGGCAGGCUUGAUCGCUUUGGCAAGUACAACUCUUGCACAUGGUCCAAAGACCGCCGGUCAAGUUGCCGAAUUCUUAGAUCGUCAAACGACAGCAUAUCAUUGUGCACCACAAAUUGCUGUCUUGGAAGCUGCACGUAAACGUUCUUUCGCUCAACGUGUUUUAGGUGGUGAUCCAACAUCUCAUCAAAAUUUGUUUGCUUCUGGAUAUUUCGAACCUGAAGGAAUCGAAGCUUCAAUCAAUGAAGUAACAAAAUUGGCAAACGAACAAGGUAAAUCAUUAAUGGCAUGCGAGCCAGUCCAAGAUACAAAGAUCCGUAAUAACACCUGUGUCUUGGCACCUGAAGUGACAGAAGGACCUUAUUAUCAUACUGCCGGACAUCCUAUCCGUGGCAAUAUGGCAGAAUGGCAAUUGGGCAUCUUGUUCAUGAUGAACGUUGGUGUGAUUGAUGUAAACACAUGCGAACCCGUUUCAAACGUUUUGGUUGAUUUAUGGCACGCAAACGCAACAGGUUAUUAUGCCGGACAUCCAAACCCACGUCCUGAUUUGGUAAACGAAGAACCGGCAAAAGAAGGUCCAAGAAGAGGUCUUUUAUCCGCUUAUCCUCGUACAGCACAUGAAGAAACAUGGUUGCGUGGUGCAUUGCCAACGGAUCGUAAUGGUGUUGCAGAAUUCACUUCUGUCUUCCCAGGUUAUUAUCAAGGUCGUGCAACCCAUGUUCACGUAAAAGUUUUCCCUGAAUGGCAAAUGUUACCAAACGGUACUUUUACUGCCGGUCGUUUGGUUCAUACCGGUCAAUUCUUCGUUGAAGAUGAUUUGAACGAACAGAUUGAUAAAGUGUACCCAUACACUGAAAAUCCAUUGGUCAAAAUGGUCGGUCGUGGAAGAACGAGAAAUUGGGAGGACUCUUUGCAAAUUUAUCAACAUUCUCAUGAUGGUGGUUAUAUGCCAACAUUUGAAAUCGAAAAAUUGGGCGGUGUUUUGCAACAAGGUUUGAUCGGUUACGUUACCAUGGGUGUCAACAUGACUGCCGAUUACAGAGGCAAAUGGAACCCAACCACCGGUCGCGGUACUUAAUCUUUAUAUGAGCAGCAAAGCAAACAAAGUGAAAUCGUGUAUUAGUAUUGUCAUGUUUCUAUAAAAUACAAUCUUGAAUUAAACAAUCCAAAAGAUAGUGAAUCAAUGUGAG